CCAACUGCUCCCUUUUACCCACUCAUGGCCUCGUUGUACGUGGGCGACUUGCACGUGGACGUGACCGAGGCCAUGCUGUAUGAGAGGCUGAGCCGCAUCGGAGUCAUUUUAUCCAUCCGCGUAUGUCGAGACAUGAUGACCGGCCGCUCUCUGGGUUACGCGUGCGUCAAUUUCCAGCAGCUCGCAGACGCCGAACACGCGCUGGACACUAUGAACUUUGACCUGAUCAAGGGGCAGCCCAUGCGAAUCAUGUGGUGGCAGCGGGACCCUUCGCUAAGGAAGAGCGGUGUGGGGAACGUCUUCAUCAAGAACCUGGACCGAUCCAUUGACAACAAUGUACUGUACGACAUCUUCUCUUUCUUCGGUAACAUCCUGUCUGGAAAGGUGGUUUGUGACGAGAAUGGCUCAAAAGGCUACGGCUUUGUACACUUCGAGACUCAGGAGGCAGCCGAGAGAGCCAUCGUGGAGAUGAACGGCAAGCUUCUCAAAGAUCGAAAAGUAUUUGUGGGCCACUUCAAAUCCCGCAAAGAGCGCGAGGCUGAACUGGCGGUCCGGGCUAAGGAGUUUACUAACGUUUACGUGAAAAACUUUGGUGAAGACGUGGACGACAACAUGUUAAGGGAGAUCUUCAGAACGUUCGGAAACACCACCAGCGUCCGGGUCAUGAUGGACGAAGAUGGCUCAUGUCGAGGCUUUGGUUUCGUCAGUUUCGCCAGGCAUGAAGAUGCCCAAAAGGCAGUGGAUGAAAUGAACGGGAAGGAGUUCCAUGGCAGGAUGAUGUACGUCAGCCGUGCCCAGAAGAAGGUGGAGCGGCAGGCCGAGCUCAAGCGGAAAUUUGAGCAGAUGAAGCAAGAUCGCAUCUCACGCAACCAGGGCGUGAACUUGUACGUGAAGAACCUUGACGACGGGAUUGACGACGACUGCCUGCGCAAAGAAUUUGAGCCCUUCGGCAUCAUAACCAGCGCCAAGGUGAUGACACAGGGCGGGCGUAGCAAAGGCUUCGGGUUUGUCUGCUUCUCGUCUCCCGAUGAGGCAGGCAAAGCGGUAGCGGAGAUGAACGGGCGCAUCGUGGCCACCAAGCCUCUAUACGUGGCGCUGGCACAGAGGAAGGAAGAGCGCCAGGCAUACCUGACCCGCCAGUACAUCCAACGGAUGACCAACACACGUCCCGUGCCCAAUCAGGUCAUCAACCCCUACCAGGCGGCGCCGCCCCCGGCCUACUUUAUAGCGCCUGUGCCGCAAGCGCAGAACCGCACUGCCGCGUUCUUCCCAGCGGCCGCGCAGGUGGCACAAAUGUGUCCAGGACCUCGCUGGGCCAGCGGAGGUACUGUCUCACAAUACUACCCGAACCUGCCUACAACCCUGCGGAAUUCGAGUACUAGCCCACCUGUGCGGUCCUCCUCCCAGGGUCCCCGUGGGAUAUCCGGUCAGCGCGUGGCCCCUCAGACACUAAGCCCCCGACCAGGGACCCCACUCACCCCUGUGGUGGGAAGUCCUCAGUACAAGUACGCUACGGGAAUCCGCAGCCCCACAAACCACGUUCAGGCUACACAGCCUACCGGUCACACUCCCAAGCCUCUAACGGCCUCCAUGUUGGCUUCGGCUCCUCCACUGGAGCAGAAGCAGAUGCUAGGUGAGUGUUUGUUCCCGCUCAUCCAGAGCAUGCAUCAAGACCUGGCGGGGAAGAUCACCGGCAUGUUGCUGGAGAUCGACAACUCUGAGCUGCUCCACAUGUUGGAGUCCCCGGAGUCACUUAGCUCAAAAGUGGAUGAGGCGGUGGCUGUGCUUCAAGCCCAUCAGGCCAAAGAAUCGACCCAGAAAACCUACUGA